AUGCCGUCGUCAUUGGUUACCACAAGAUCCAAGGCCCAACCGAAAGCAAUCAUGAACCGCAAUGUCCCUCCAUUCCUCAACAAGCUAUACAAUAUGGUGAAUGAGCCUCAAUCGAAUAGCAUGAUAUCAUGGUCGGAUGCGGGAGACACAUUUAUCGUGCAGCGACAACAGGACUUUGCAAAGCAAGUGCUUCCUCGUUUUUUCAAGCAUGGCAACUUUUCAUCAUUUGUGCGUCAACUCAACAUGUAUGGAUUUCACAAGGUGCCUCAUUUACAACAAGGUGCCAUGGAAGGAUGCCUUGAUCGACUUGAGUUCAGCAACCCACAUUUCAAACGGGACCAGCCCGAUCUCUUGCUUCUUGUUUCACGCAAAAAAGGAUCACGUGACGCUGACAAUACGGAGAAUCGAUCGCCGACAUCGACAGACUUGCAACAUCUUUUGGAUGAAAUGGCUGCUAUCAAGAAACACCAAAUGAUGGUUAGCACAGACUUGAAACAAAUCCAAAACGACAAUCAACUUUUAUGGCAAGAGACGUUGGCAGCACGAGAGCGUUAUCAGCAGCAGCAGGACACCAUUGAUAAGAUUUUGCAUUUUCUGGCAUCUGUGUUCUCUGAAAAGACCCACAAUGGCAUCUCACGCAAACGACCCUUUUUGCUUAGCAACACGGAUAAUGAGGAGGAUGUGCGAACAGUAUCACCUCACAAAUUGGCACGCACUGACAAAUCAGAUCGAUCAAGUCUCAUGUUGGAUUCAUUAAUGUCACUUACUACACAACAAUGCAAGAGGAUGGAAGAGGAAAAGGAGAAGGAAGACAAGGAAAACAUGGCCGCCACUACUACUACUAGUUCUACUACCACUACCACUACCACACCUAUUUUACAUCCCGAAGCCGAGAUGAUGAUGAUGAGCAGACCAUUAGACCUCUCAACAGCAACAAGCACCACCUCCCAGAAUAGCAAUAAUGUAGCCUCCUCCCUGACCCCUCCAACAUUUUGCAACAACAACAACAAUGAUUUGACGGCGGCUGGAACGGUGGCAACGGGUGAUGUGUUCUUCUCCCGUGCAGAGCAUGAGAUGAUGACAGGCCCUGUGACCCCUCCUCCUCCUCCUUCGAUGACCAAGGUCGUCAGUGAUCAUAUCGAUUCAGUCAACUCAAUUAGUGAAAGCAUUGAUCAACUUGGUAACAACAUUGAUGCAUUGGUUCAGGAGCUUGGGUUCGAUAGCGGCGAAUUGUGGGAUCUUGACAGCUAUCUUCAAAGCAACAACAACAACAAUAUAAACUCCGUAGUAUGA